AUGGCCAGAUCAUUAGCUCUAGUCGCUGCUCUGGUGGCAAUGGUUAUGGCCGUCGAGUUUGCAGGCCUUGCCGAUGCAAAAUAUAACAGCUACCUGAGGGUGUAUGAGGCACCGGGGUGCCACCAUCGUUCCGAGAAGUAUGAGGCUUGUGGCUGCCACAACCUUAAGUACAAUGGCGGAUACAAGUACGAUUACAACGAGAAGCAUGAUCCGGAAUCGAGGAUGGUAGUGUACUUUAACUAUAACUGCGAGGGAUACGGGCGCCCGCUGCCUCAAGUUGAUAGCAACAAAUGCAAGCCAUUCCCAUUCAAGAGUGUCUACAUCAAGUGUUGA